AUGGCCGACAUGAUUGGACCCGACCACACGCCUCGGCGCAGCUUGAGCGAAAAGGCGAGACGCAUGACAAAGGCCUUUACUACGAGGGAGGGUCUCAUUGGUACUUACGACUAUGCCUUUCUGUUCCGCCCCAACCUCCCUUUUAUGAAGCGAGAACGCCGAGCAGCGCCCUUUUUUGGCCUCAAUGACCGCGUACCCGUGCUUCUGGCUCUGCUUCUGGGAUUCCAGCAUUCGCUGGCCAUGCUGGCAGGCGUCAUUACACCGCCCAUUAUUCUAUCCAACGCGGCGAAUCUGAGCGGCGACGAGCAGCGCUAUCUGGUGUCGACAUCGCUCAUCAUCUGCGGCAUCUUGUCUUCGGUGCAGAUUACGCGCUUCCACAUCUGGAAGACUCCGUACUACAUCGGCACGGGAUUGAUCUCGGUGGUGGGAACCUCGUUUGCUACCAUUCCCGUGGCAACAGGCGCGCUCAGCCAGAUGUACGACACGGGAUUCUGUCCUUCGGCCCCCGAUGGUACCAGGCUGCCAUGUCCGGACGGCUACGGCACCAUCCUGGGCACGUGUGCGCUGUGUGCGCUGCUCGAAAUUGGCAUGUCGUUUACCAGUCCACGCAUCUUGAAAAAGGUGUUCCCGCCGCUGGUCACGGGCCCGACGGUGCUGCUCAUUGGCGUCAAGCUCGUAACGACUGGAUUGCAGAACUGGGCUGGAGGCUCCGGUGAUUGCAAAUCUCGCCCUGAAUCAGGUCUCUUCCAGCUGUGUCCCAACAUCAACGCGCCACAUGCGCUGCCUUGGGGAAGUGCCGAGUUCAUCGGACUUGGCUUCAGCGUCUUCAUCACAAUCAUCCUCUGUGAACGGUUCGGCGCGCCUAUUAUGAAGUCCACGGCCGUCGUCAUUGGCCUCCUCGUGGGCUGCAUCAUCGCAGGCGCCACUGGCUAUUUCGAUCGAAGCUCCAUCGACUCGGCUCCUGUCGUAUCUUUUAUCUGGGUCAGAACCUUCAAGUUAGCCAUCUACCCACCUAUCAUCCUGCCGCUGCUCGCAGUGUACAUGGUAUGUGCCAUGGAAGCCAUUGGCGACAUCACCGCCACGUGCGACGUGUCACGUGUGGAAGUCGACGGCCCGCUCUUUGACUCGCGGAUCCAAGGCGGCGUGCUCGCAGACGGCAUUGCCGGAGCGAUAGCCGCCCUCUGCACCAUCACGCCCAUGUCGACGUUUGCGCAGAACUGCGGUGUUGUGGCACUAACGCGCUGCGCAAACCGCAAAGCAGGCUACGCGUGCUGCUUCUGGCUCAUUGUAAUGGGCGUCUUUGCCAAGUUCGCGGCGGCGCUUGUCGCCAUUCCCUCGGCAGUCUUGGGCGGCAUGACGACCUUCCUGUUCAGCUCCGUGACGGUGUCGGGAAUCCGCAUCGUAAGCACCAUGCCGUUUACGCGGCGCAACCGCUUUAUCCUCGCGGCGGGCUUCACGCUCGGGUUCGGCGCAACCAUGGUGCCCGACUGGUUCUCGUACGUGUUUACCUACAAGGGUCCUAAUACCGCGCUGCUGGGCUUCUACAAUGCGAUUGUGCUGAUCAUGGAGACUGGGUUUGCCCUGGUCGCCCUCGUUACCGUCAUCUUGAACUUGGUGCUGCCCGAAGAGAUUGACGACGAGACCCAAGAGAUUACGGCCAACGAGGUCGAGCACGCGAGGGAUGACGAGGAGUGGGCCAAGGUUCAGAAGGGGGCUACCGAAGGGGGUGUUGAUGUCGAGGGAAGGGCGAGCUCGGAUAUUGUGCCUAGUAAGGCUGCAUAA